CUAACCUACCCCGUCUCUCUUCUUCCCGUAGGAAAAAAGCAAAGUACCACCCACCUGUUUUCCCUUCUCUCCCCUGUUUCUGUUUCUGCUUGUUCGUUCGUUCGUUCGUUCGUUCUCUUCCUGUCUUGGACAUAUGAGAGAAGGAGCUGGACAAUCGUGGGUGAGAAGAAUCAGUUGCCUGUGCCAAGUCUGUUCCCGCCCCAGAUUACGAUGGACGCCCCAGAUUUGUCGCCCCCGCCCCACGUGGACGCAUCCAGGCCCUCCCUCGGAUUCCCGCUGGGGACUGCUCUGCUUCUCGUCGUCAUCUUCAGCCUGAGUGGCAUCUUCUCCUGCUGCUACCACUGGGACAAGCUCCGGUCCCUCCGCCGCGGAUUUUCGCGUGACCCCGCCGCCGGCGAGGAUCAUGAGGACAUUGAAGCUCCGCCCUUCAAACCCAUGCCUCCCCACUUGGAUGUGAAGCAGAGUAAAGGAGAGAGCCUGCCGGUGGUGAUGCCGGGGGAUCAAAUUGCCAAGUUCAUAGCAUUGCCGUGUCCGUGCCAGCCGGCCAGAGCAGAGAGAGUAUUGAUCAAAGUGGAGAAGAAGCCUCCCUCUAAGCCGCCGCGGAUUGCGGUGCCUUUCUAUUAGCCUCCCACUACUGCAGAUAUAUUAUAUAUUAGGAUUCUUUCUUUCUUUCUAUAUAAUAUAAUGCUCAUUAAUUUAGUUGAUGAUCAUUUCAAGGAAUCGAGUGGGGUCUGGGAUAAUCGUAAUUGGUUUUGUUGGGUGGAUUACACAGAGUUGGAUGAUGUUUCACCUUAUUAGCAGUUUUGUUGUGUGUGGAAAAAGAAAAAGAACAAGAAGAAUUCCGACUGUUCUUCCACUUCAUCCCUCUUGAUUGUUGGUAUUCCGGCCAGUAACUCUAGUAAUAAUGGGGGAAGCUUUCUUUCAAUUAUUCGAUGGGUUACAGCUGCCAAACCUAUAUUCGCGCCAUAGGUGAUCUUGCAACAGCAUUAAAUAAGGCAUGGCGGGGGAUUUUGGUCUCAGAAGUUUGGAGAAAGGAGAAAGAUAGCAUCAAUCUGAAAGUCAAAGUAAAGUACUGGAUCGCUCCACUUAAAGGCGGUUCGAUGCGGUGCGGCUUGGCAUUAUGCAGAGAUUGUAACAUAGGCAUAAACUAAUAUAGGAGCGAGACAUCCGCCAUUCUGAACUUGCCUGCAGUAUC